AUGGCGUCAAACAGCAUCGACAAUUCCCAGCAGAGACCCAGGCAGAGAAACGGACCUCCUCCGCAGCGGCGACAAGGGAGAAAUCCUCCGCCUCCAUCGUCGUCAACGCGUACACAGUAUCGACCACAGCAGCAGCAGCAGCAGACGACGGAGGGCUUGCCGGAGAAGAGGAAACCUGUCUUCGUCAAGGUGGAUCAGUUGAAACCAGGCACGAGCGGCCACACUUUGACCGUUAAGGUCGUCGAUCAGAAUUCCGUCCUUCAGAAGCCAGGCGCUGCCGCCUCUUCCCAUCUCCGGCCUGCUCGGAUCUCUGAGUGUCUCGUCGGAGACGAGACUGCUUCCAUCCUCUUCACCGCUCGCAACGAUCAAGUGGACUUGAUGAAGCCAGGAACUACAGUGAAUCUCCGAAAUGCAAAGAUAGAUAUGUUCAAGGGAUCGAUGAGGCUUGCUGUUGACAAAUGGGGUCGCAUCGAGGUCAUUGAACCGGCUGAGAUAACUGUUAAAGAGGACAACAAUCUGUCUCUUGUGGAGUACGAGCUCGUCAAUGUUGAAGAAUGA